AUGGGUCGGAUGUCAGAAGCGACGAGUAGGGUCGUGAGGUCAGUCAGGAGCGAGGAGAAUUUUACUACUGCAGGACGGCAGGAAGCGGGAGACGAUGCAAGAGGGAGAAAGAGAAGCGGAGCCGAUCGGCUUCGAGAUACAUUCGGUUGCUGGCCCGAAACAUUUACUCCAGAGUCUCCUGCGAGGGCAGUCGAGAAUGAGGUUCAGCCCCCCGAUGUGGCUACCGUGCCGAAGAAGUUCGGUGUGACGUAUCUCGCCAGGAAAAUGCGAAAUCCCCAGACGAUUUGGAAGAGGUCAAAGGAACAGUUGAGACAAACACGCGGAGAAGUUCAAGACGCAGGAAUAGCAGCAGCGGAAGAAACCAGAGAGCACGAUAUUAGGACACAGACACAGACGCAAAUCCAGAACAGAGACCAAAUGCCCGAGACGACUAUCCCAGAACCCAGAAACGAAGACACCACAAACGAAAACAAUCAAACCACAGACGCUACUCAUCCAGUUCAAAUCCCAAACAAACUACAACAUACACCAGAAACCACCCCUCCAGCAUCCCCACCCCCACUCUCCACAUCCACACCCACAACCCCCAUUGCCGCCACCGCCGCCGCCGCCGCCGGCACCGCUCUUCACCCACCCUCACAACCCCAAACCCCAACCCUAUCAAUCCCCAAAACCCGAUCAUCCUCACAACCCUCACAUCAACGCCGCUCCGCCUCUUCAGGCUCCUCCCCCUCAAGCCUCAGCGACCGCCUGCGCACAACCCGUCUCGAAGACCUGCGCCUGCGCUCUGAAACAGCGCAGGAAAUUCGGAAUCUGAUGCUGGAUAUUGAUAGAGAUAGGAGGCAGAGCGGUUCUUUUACUUCUCCUACCAUUACUUCUUCUUCUUCCACUCCUACUACUACUGCUGCUGCUACUACUAGCGCUACGGCUACCCCUAUUGUUGUCGUACCACGACCGGGAGUAGCCGCGGCGCAAAGCAGUGCAGCAACGACACCGGAGUUACCAGGUGGAUUUACCGUGGCGGAUUCGCCGGGGAGUGCGGUUAGAGGCGCCCUGGAGAGGCAUUUUCGCCUGAGGAGGGAGAGUAGUCAUGAUGGUGAGGCUGGAACCGAGCUGCGAUCGCAGGCCAGUAAUGCGACCUUGCCGAGGAGUUAUCGGGCCCCCGAGAUACACGAGUGA